AGCUACAGACUGCAUCGCAGGGUCUGUUCAGAGAAUCAGUCGAACAAAAUUUCCGUGCGACACUUCUCACGCUUCUGCUGGUGGAUCUGUUUGCCCGGGAAGAAUCCAGACAUGGUAGAAGAGAGGAUGGGGGACUGUUGGAGCUACACCAAGGAUCAGUUUGACAACUUGGAGAAGCACACACAGUGGGGGAUCGAGUUCGUGGAGAAGUACACCAAAUUUGUCAAGGAAAGAUCGGAGAUCGAAACCAACUAUGCAAAACAAAUUAGGAAUUUAUCAAAGAAGUAUCAACCCAAGAAGAACCCACGAGAAGAGGAGGAGAGCAAGUACACCUUCUGUCGAGCCUUCCUGACGACGCUUAAUGAGUUAAACGACUAUGCGGGUCAACACGAGGUCAUAGCGGAGAACCUGACAUCGCAAAUCAUCACCGAGCUUUCGCGCUACCUGCAGGAAAUCAAGACCGAGAGAAAAUCGCACUUCCACGAUGGGCGCAAGGCACAGCAGCACGUGGAGAGCUCGUGGAAACAGCUGGAGUCGUGUAAAAGACGAUUCGAGAGGGACUGCAAAGAGGCCGACAGAGCACAGCAAUACUUUGAGAAGAUGGACGCUGACAUUAACGUGACUAAGGCUGACGUGGAGAAGGCACGGCAGCAAGCUCAGAUGAGACACCAGAUGGCUGGUGACAGUAAGAGCGAGUAUUCCUCCUACCUGCAAAAGUUCAACCAGGAGCAGAAUGACCAUUACUACACCAUUAUCCCCAACAUAUUCCAGAAACUUCAAGACAUGGAGGAGAAAAGAAUUGAGCGGAUAGGAGUGUGCAUGAAGACGUUUGCAGACGUGGACCGCCAAGUGCUGCCCAUCGUAGGGAAGUGUUUAGAUGGCAUGACGAAAGCCGCCGAGUGCAUCGAGCCCAAGACGGACUCGAAGCAGGUGGUGGAGUCCUACAAGUCUGGGUUCGAGCCCCCAGGGGAUGUGGAGUUCGAGGACUACGGCCAGGCCAUGAAGAGGACGGCGUCCGACACCAGUCUGUCCAACUCCAGAGAGGCCAAGGAGAGGCCUACCGGCAAGAGCAAGGGCAAACUGUGGCCUUUCAUUAAGAACAAGAACAAGCUUAUGUCCCUGUUAACGUCCCCCCACCAGCCCCCACCUGCCCCCCCAGCCUCAUCCCCGCCCUCACCCUCUGCUGUUCCCAACGACCCCCAGUCUCCCAAGCAGCAAAAGGAGCCCCUCUCCCACCGCCUCAACGACUUCAUGAGCUCCAAACCCAAAAUGCACUGCCUCCGGAGCCUGAGGCGAGGGCUUUCUCUCAAGCUGAUCACGCUCAAUUCCCACGUCCGGAAUCUCAUCGAGGGUUCUGGACCGGAGGACUUCAGCCACCUGCCACCAGAGCAGAGGAGGAAGAAGCUCCAGAGCAAGAUAGACGACUUAAAUAAAGACAUUCAAAAGGAGAUGGACCAGAGGGACGCGCUAACCAAGAUGAAAGACGUAUAUGUGAAGAACCCUCAGAUGGGAGACCCCGCCAGCGUCGACCCCCGGCUAUCGGAAAUAGGCCAGAACAUCGAGAAGUUCCAGUUUGAAGUGCAGAAGUUUGAGGGCUGGUUGGCGGAGGUGGAGGAGAAGAUGCCAUCCAAGAGCGACACACACCGGAGAAGUGGCAUCUAUGAGACCCAGAACAGCACAGCAGUGAGCAACAACUGUGCGCAGGACAGAGAGAGGCCCUUGAGCAGCCCGGAUGGCAGCUACACGGAGGAGCAGAAUUCAGAGACUCAGGUCAAAGCCAACACCCACCCGGUCCCCACGUCCUCCACGCCGGAGUUCGACGACGAGUUUGACGACGAGGAUACCCUGCCCACCAUCGGCACCUGCAAAGCCUUGUACCCCUUCGAAGGUCACAACGAAGGCACCAUCUGCGUGACCGAGGGCGAGCUGUUGUACGUCAUAGAGGAAGACAAAGGCGACGGGUGGACGCGGGUGCGCAGGAACGAGGACGAGGAGGGAUACGUGCCCACGUCCUACGUCGAGGUCUUUUUGGAAACGAAUGCCAAAGAUUCCUAAAAGUGUGAGACUGGCUGAGGGACGGCAGGGCAAGCAAGCCUCGGGAGACACCACCACGUUCCUCACACGCGCUCACAGGGUCUGAGAGAAAAAAGUGAAAGACGACCCGAGUCUAAAAGAGAGAGAGAGAGAGAGACGGCAGAUGUUAAGGCUAAAAGAUAAACUUAUCAGCAGUGUUGCGCCUCCUCUGCGACGUGAAGCGAGGCUAAGAGAAUCUCAACAAAAUUUUUGGCGCUCAUAACCUUUUCCAUUCUUAACGCCCAUUCAGCAGUCGCAACCACAGCACAGUUUUCUUUGUGUUGUUUUCGGCUAAGCUUCGCUUCUUAAUGUCACUAACUCCGCUUGCACCGCGCGCGCUCAUGGGAUUGGCUGUUGGCUUCCUCAGACUGAACGCCACCCCUCCUUCUUUCCCCUUACCUUUGCCCCGUUGCAAACACACACACACACACACACACACACACACGGCAGAGGGUGUGGUCAGAGAGACGACGGAGACCAACAUGAGCCCACGGACAAAAGACCAGCAGCAGAAAUCAUGGCCCCCCUUCAUCCUCACUCACUCAUCGACUUCGGAGAUAAUCAUCCACCUACAUACAUCGUGCAAUACACACUGUCACACCCCCCUCCCACUAAAGUCAACUCCAUAUUUGCAGGUUUCACCAGCCUGGAAACAGAGGAGGUGAAGUCGCUGAUCAUCUGUUUGAUCUGAGUGAUGCUUGUAUGUAUGUUUAUUUAAAAAAAGAAGGAAAAAAAAAAGGGUUUUGUGUGUCGAUGUUUCCAAUCUUCUCUACACCACAGUCACUCCCGCAUCUCCCCCCCCCCCCCCCCGGACCAGCUGGAGGGAAAACGGACGGGUUUCGGGGGAUCAUUCACCAUCACGCUCAUCCACCGGUUUCCCCCGUCCCCGUCACUGGUGCCUGUUCUUCUCUCUGACCACCCCCCCCCCCCCCCACCCCCCCAUCACUUCCAAGGCCCCCCUCCCCUUCUCGGGCAGCUCAGGCUAUCCCUCGGCUGCUUUGAGUCCCUGAACCACCCACCCACCGCUUCCCUUCUUCCCACCGCUCAGGGGCGUUGUGGUGUGCUGCAUGCUUGCCCUGUCUUCCUCCUCGCCCCUCUGCUGGCAGCCCGGCAGGAGAGGUGGUCUGGUCAGCUUAAGCCCCGCCCCCCCCCCCCCCCUGCCUCCAGCCUUUCUGUUCAGUUAACCCUCAUUGCCUGGUCGAUCUGUUUGAAUUAACCUGAAUGCUACUGUUUGGGUUCGGUGCCUGUGUUUUUUUUUGUUUUAGUGUUUUUUUUUCUUCACCUCUCUUCUGUUUUCUGUGCAGAAAGCAUGUUUCCUUGGUUUCUGGACAGCGAGUGAGUGAGCGAGCGAUCGCCUCCUCCCACUGUUCCCAGGUUCAAUCUCUAAACUGCCAUUGGGACCUGAAAUGUUUGUUUUCUGAAUGAUGUCAUGCGUCAGUAGGUCACGGAAGUCUUGUGCAUUUUGUUUUUACUGUAAGUCCACAGUACAGUAUGUAUGUAACAAUGUUAGUGUUGUAUGUUUUGAUCUGAGUGUCUAACGCGAGUUGUUGUUAGUUUACAGUUAGUCACCUUGUGGCAAAAGGUCACUUGGUCCACGCAGCAGUCGACCCAAAAACGAAAAAACCCACGACGAUAUGAUUCACACCCUGAUGUUUUUUAACGACGGUCCACUUACCGUCGACCGUAUAUGAAAAUAUACGGUGAUUCAUCACUUCCCUGUGAACUUGUGUCUGAAAGUGUGACGGAGUCGCCCGUUCACCGCGGGUUUUUGUGUUCAAUCACUGGGAGAGAGAAUGAUGCGGAUGUUCACCGUGACACGGUUGAAAGAAUCAUUAAUAAUGUGAUUAUCUUUUUAAAAAGUUAUGGGGGCGCAAAUUUCAGAGAGUUUUUGUAAUCACGAGGAAUUAUGCCCCUCGCCAACCCCCUCCCCCCUCUGCUCAAUGGCACAUAAUGUAUGUGAUUUUUUUUUUUUAAGAUUUUGUUUUCUAUUUUAAUGAUCUUAAGUGGAGAUUCUGCUUUCUGUUUUUAUGUUGAGCUGGAAAGUUGUUGUUGCUUUUUUUCUUUUCUUUUUUCUUUUCUCCGGCCUGAAGGGGACUGAAAUCCCUUAAACAGUUCCAUGGUCUGCGUUUUUGGAUGAAGCCAUCACUGAAUAUUCAUCUGCUGCAGAACGUAAUAUAUCAACACAUCCUGGACGGACGAGUGAUGGACACAAUGGACUCUUGAUGAAAUCGAAUCCCUGCUGAAUCCAGCUUCAAAAAAGUACCACGUUCGCUUUUACGCCACCCGUUUCAAAAUAUCACAAUAUCAAACGAGACCUUUAGUUUUGUUUUAUUUAAGUGAUACAUCAUAAGCCAAUGGAGGUCAAGACCACCACAAAUCGUUUAGUCGGUUCCCCCCUGAAUAACCUACGCCUGUACAGUGGAAAUGGCGCGAUGGAAUUAGAGAGAAUAUAUAUGAAUAUAUAAAUAAAGUUUAAAAAGGAGAACAUCUAUUUUAACUAUGGAGAGUCUUACCGUUACUUUAUCUGCUUUGCAAAGUGAGACCUCGUUUCCUUCGUGAGGCCUACCAAAUGGUGUGUUUUUGCACUUUUUUCGUUUGUGUUCCAUUUGGUAGCCCCCUGCUUGUGUUUCGGAGCACUGAAUACUUUGUAUUGUGUUUACUGUGCCAAUUAAAUAUGCCUGGUAAGUAAA